AUGCCCCGUGGAAAGUACACUAACCACAAGGGUCGCAACCGCAAAUUUACGAGCCCCGAAGAGUUAGAAGAGCAACGGAAGCAGGAAGAGCUGAAAAAGAAGUGGAGAAAGGAACAUGGAGAUGAAAGUUCGAGUGAGGAAGAGUCUGACAAGUCUGGGUCAGGAAGCAGUGAUGAAAGUGAUUCAGAUGAUGAUACACCUGCAAAAGCAAAAGGUGUUUCAGGCUUAAUAGAAGUAGAAAAUCCAAACCGUGUAGUUAAAAAGAAUAAGAAACUAUCCAAUCUGGAUAACCUUGGGGAAGGAGAGAAACCUCAACUUUCAAGGCGUGAACGCGAAGAAAUAGAAAGGCAGCGAGCAGCAGCAGCUUAUCAGAAAGCACACGCAGAGGGCAAAACAGAGCAGGCUAGAGCUGACCUCGCAAGGCUAGCUAUUAUUAGGCAGCAGAGGGAAGAGGCCGCCAAGAGACGCGAAGCCGAAAAAAAGGCUAAGGAUGAAACUCCAAAGAAAAGUUUCAUCAUGUUCAUUGCUGUUGAGAGUUACAGCUACCGAGACUAUGCGGCCAACACAGGAUAUACUCACUGA